AUGGCGCAAACGGUAGAAGUAAAGCCUCCGACACCGCUGGCGAUCGUCGGACUGUCCUUCAAACUGCCCCAGGAUGCCGUCACCCCGGAGUCCUUCUGGCAGAUGCUCGUGGAGCGACGAUGCGCCUCGACCGACUUCCCGCCGGACCGACUGAACAUCGACACGCACCACCGCGCAGACACCGAUCGCCUGGACGCGCUGUCCAUGCGCGGGGCGCAUUUCCUGACGGAGGAUCUCCGCCGCUUCGAUGCGCCGUUCUUCUCCAUCACCGCCGCCGAGGCCGAGGCGAUGGAGCCGCCGCAGCGGUUGGUCCUCGAGACCGCGUUCCACGCGCUGGAAAACGCGGGGAUCCCGUUGCAGCGCAUUGCGAAGUCUCGAACCGCAGUAUUUACGGGCUCGUCCGGCCAUGACUGGCUGAUGUCGCGGGCGAAGGAUCCCCUGCACCAGCAUAAAUACGAUAUCACUGGGACGACGGGCAACAUGCUCGCCAAUCGCGUCAGUUGGUUCUUUGAUCUGACGGGGCCCAGUGCGACCGUCGACACGGCCUGUUCGAGUAGUUUGAUGGCGAUCGACAUGACAUGUCAGUCGAUCUGGAGCGGCCAGGCGACUAUGGGCAUGGCGAUCGGAAGCAAUCUCUUGCUGGCAGCUGAGGUCACGCAGAUGAUGGAUAACCUGGGUCUGCUGUCGAAGGACAGUCGGUGCUUCAGUUUCGACGACCGUGCUAAUGGGUACUCGCGCGGUGAAGGUGUGGGGGUGCUGGUUAUCAAGACCGUGGAGGACGCUGUGCGCGACGGGGACGUCAUUCGAGCAGUGAUUCGAUCCUCAGCCUCAAAUCAGGACGGCAAGACGCCGGGCAUCACCCAGCCCAGCGCGGAAAUGCAGGCAGCGUUGAUUCGCGAGACCUACAUCAACGCAGGACUGGAUAUCGGGCAGACGCGGUAUUUUGAAGCACACGGAACUGGUUGGCAUUCACUAUCCCCGGACUCUCGGUAUGGCACCGCCGUGGGCGAUCCCAUCGAGACCAGGGCUAUUGGUUCCGUUUUCCGACUGCAACGCUCGCCGGACGAGCCGUUGUACAUAGGAUCUGUGAAGUCGAAUAUCGGCCACCUCGAGGGUGCAAGUGGUAUCGCCGGGAUGAUAAAGGUCAUUCUGGCGCUGGAGAAGGGCAUCAUUCCGCCAAACAGUGAGAACCUGCAGACCCUGAAUCGGCGAAUUGAUGACGAGUUCUGGAAUAUCAAAUUUCCUCAAGAAGCCCUACCGUGGCCAACGGGCGAUGUGCGACGUGCUUCCAUCAGCUCAUUUGGCUAUGGAGGCUCAAACACACAUAUUGUCCUAGAUGACGCAUAUCACUACCUCCAACUCAACCAACUGGAAGGGAACCAUAACACAAUGCCACCGCUUGCCUCGGCUCGCACCAACGGUACGACUCAGAACGGGGUCCACCAACAAGUAUCGAACGGCACCAAUGGAGUUGCGAGGUCCUUGACUAAUACGCCGAAGCUCCUCGUCUGGUCUGCGGCGGAUGAAGCGGGUAUCCCGCGCCUCGAGCAAAGUUGGAGUUCCUUCUUUUCCAAAUCAGUCGAGGAUCAGUAUUCCUUCCUCAAGAGCCUAUCACAUACCCUGGCCUCACGAAGGACUCACCUACCGUGGCGAACCUUUGCCGUAGCUCGGCCAUCGGACGACUUGAGAGCAGUGACUGAGCGUUUUUCCGGAGCUGUUCAGUCGCGGGAGUCUCCAAGCCUUGCCAUGAUCUUCUCGGGCCAAGGAGCGCAGUGGUAUGGGAUGGGACGCGAGCUACUCCACACGUAUCCUGCAUUCCGUCAAAGCAUCGAAGAGGCCGGAGAAUAUCUCCGAAAUCUAGGAUGCGAAUGGGAUCCCGUUGAUGAACUCCAGCGAAACGAAAGCGAAUCGAACGUGAAUCGCACUGAGUACAGCCAGAUUCUGUGCACAAUUCUCCAAGUAGCUCUGGUGGACCUGCUGCGGUCGUUCAACAUUGUACCCAAAGCCGUACUCGGCCACUCUUCUGGUGAGGUUGCCGCGGCAUACUGUUCCCGCGCGAUAUCCCGCCGUUCGGCCUGGAAGGUCUCGUACUUCCGAGGCAAUAUGAGCAGUCGGCUGGAGAAAAGCGCACAGAUGAAAGGGUCCAUGUUGGCUGUCGCCCUCUCCGAAAAGGAGGUGUUGUCAUACAUUGAAGCAGUGAGCGCCGCGUUUGAGGUUCCACGACUGACCGUUGGCUGCAUCAACAGUCCCAAGAGCGUGACCGUCUCUGGAGAAGGGGUGCAACUCGACGCACUCAAGGCUCGACUGGACCUGGAUAAGGUCUUCUGUCGCAGGCUCAAGGUCAACUUGGCCUAUCACUCCGUCCAGAUGAAGGAAAUCGCGGCCCAGUAUCUGGAAGCUCUUGGCGAGCUGGAGGGUGACCCUUCAGAGCCGCACACCCAGCCUCAGAUGGUCUCAUCCAUCACCGGUGACUGGAUCGACCCCGACGAGCCGCGUCAGGCUUCUCACUGGGUUAGGAAUAUGAUAUCGCCGGUACGCUUCUCCGAUGGACUCGCCAAGCUCUGCUCCGCCUCAUCCAACUCUACGAAUUCGCUGGACGGCAGCCACCGACGGAAAUGCAAGAUCGAUCACCUUCUGGAAGUCGGGCCUCAUUCAGUACUGCAAGGUGCCUGCAAGGAUAUCCUGAAAAACAUCGGCAAGAGCCCUUCCAUCAAAUACCUGUCUUUGCUGGUGCGUAACAUGUCCGCCGUGGAUACCGCUUUUUCAGUGUUCGGUGAUCUGUAUACCGCAGGAUAUCCCAUCGACUUGACCCUGGUCAACCAGGACGAUUCAACAUGCCGAGCUCUGCCAGAUCUGCCUGAAUAUCCCUUCAACCACGAGAAAGUCUACUGGUACGAGAGCAAAAUAAGUAAGGGUCACCGUCUGCGACGAUUCGCUCGGAACGACCUCUUGGGGUUGGCGGAUCAGAACCAGAACCCGCUGGACGCGCGGUGGAGGAAUAUCAUCCGGGUGUCUGAAAUGCCCUGGGUCCAGGAUCACAAGAUUAAUGGAACGAUCCUCUACCCUGGAGCAGGGAUGGUGGUCAUGGCCAUCGAGGCAGCCAAGCAGCUGGCGGAUCCAAGCAGGCCGAUCUCCGGCUUCAAUGUCCGAGAUGUCGCCUUCCACGCGGCCAUUCGGGUGCCAUCGGGGGCACAAGGCAUUGAGACUGAUUUUCAUCUUCGGCCUGCCAAGAAUAUGGAGUCGAAACGGUCCGGCUGGUUUGACUUCAACGUCUGCACGUUCGAGAACGAGGCCUGGAUCGAUAACUGCACGGGCUCCGUUCAGAUUGUCUAUGGCGAUAAGGAAGAGGAGAUGGAGAAAGCGCUCGCAGUUGAGCUGCAGGCCGCUCAGCGGGACGCUUACUCGGCGGCAGCACAAACGUCAAAACUGACCAUGAGGGGGGAGAAGUUGUAUCAUACCCUGGAGGAUUCAGGCUAUGGCUACGGUCCGGCUUUCCAACUGGUGCAAGAGCUCUCCCAGGGCAGAGCGGAGGCAGAGGUGACUGCGCUGGUCCAGAACUUCUCGACAUCCUUGGGAGAGACGAUCCACCCAACAACACUGGAUGCCAUCCUUCAAACAGCUAUCUGGGCAGCAGUACCCUCGGAAACGGACAGGAUCCCAACAGCGGUGCCGACCUACAUUGAGACGUUAUGGGUCGAUAACCACGCGCUGUCAUCCACGGUGCUCAAGGUCCAUGGCACAUGCUGCGAGGUGUCGCAAUUCAUUGGCCCAUCUUCGAACAUCGUUGUACUUGACGACAAGUUGCAAAAGACCUUAGUGUCCGUGACUGGGUUGCGUAUGAACAUCGUUGACACGCCAGGUCUCACUGACGGGGUCGAUGAGUCUGCGGAUAACCUCUGUCAUCAAAUUGAGUGGAAGCCAGACUUGAUGUUGCUGAGCAAUGCGGAGAUUGCCGGUUUAUGCGGUACUGUAUCUGCUGAUGCGGUCGACCACGAAAGCUUCUAUAAAGACCUGGAUAUUGUGCUCGCAGCACGAGGGAAAGAAACGCUCUCUGCCUUGGUAGAGACAGGGUUCCAGCCAGCAGAUCCGAAGCUCAAGAAGUACCACACCUGGCUGAUCCACCACCAGCAAAUGGUCUCGCGGGGUGUUGCCAGCCAAAUGACCAACCCAUCGUAUAUUGAGGAGGCCGAGAAUCGAAUUCUAGGCAGCAAACAGGGCUAUAUGUACGCCACAGUCGCUCGCAAUCUAACAAAGCUCCUGACUGGGGAGCUGGAUCCGUCCAGUCUGCUUGAAGGGGAUAUGCUGAAGGCAGCGUAUCGGGAACAUGUAAGUGGUUACCCUCUCACUUCACGAACCGUGCCUCUAACGAGUCAGGUCGCUGAAUCGCACGGCAUCCGGGGCCUGAGCAAAUACCUUGAUCUGCUGGCUCAUCGCCUUCCCAAGAUGAAGGUCCUGGAGUUAGGGGGAGAUGCUGGAACUGUAACGGAAAUUAUUCUGGCUACAUUGGGAGGGGAUGCAAGUGACAGACGAUACGCACACCUGGACUUCACUGAUGUGUCGCCUGAAAGCAUCGCUACAGCCAAGGAUAGGUUCGCCUCGGAAGCCGAGCACAUGGGGUUCAAUGUGCUCGACAUUGAACAAGACCCGGCCACGCAAGGUGUUGAGUGUGGCACGUAUGAUGUGGUCGUGGCCUCGAUGUUCUUUCAUAAAACAGCAAAUUUGCGAAAGGCAUUGCAGAAUGCGCGGAGGCUGCUCAAACCAGACGGCAAGCUAGUCCUGUACGAAGGAGUCGUUCCUGAGUGCCGGUUGACAUUUGUGUCCAGUCUAUUUGAGCAAUGGUGGCAGGAUUCGGAGCCUCAUUGCAACUCGUCCCGGUACGUGGACGAAGGUCAAUGGGAUGAAAUCCUCCGACAGGUUGGAUAUUCUGGGGUGGAUGUCUCGUUACCCGACUUCGACAGCGAGCGUUCGCACGAAUGCAGCUUGAUGAUUUCGACAGCGGUCGAAAACAAGCACGAAACGCGUGCUGUGACAGAGAUCGAGGUAGUGUACGAUUCUACGGAACCCGACCAGGAACACCUGGCACAUGCCAUUACCAAACAAUGCGAGAGUAUUGGAUGCACGCAGGUUCGACGCGUCUCGCUCGAGGAAACCAUCAGCCAUCAAAAAGACACCGAAUCGCUUCGAGUUUUUGUCAUCGAGCUCCAGCGUCCGGUGUGGGCAGACAUCCAACCUGAGCUGUAUAAAAAGCUUCAGAGUUGUCUUUCAUCGGCAUCUCAGGUGCUGUGGGUCAACCAAGGAGGGGGUGUCUUGCCCACCAUACCGCAUUUCCGUCUAGUUGAAGGAUUGUUCCGCGUCUUGAUGGAAGAGGAUAGCCGGCGCAAUCUGCACCUUCUUUGCUUGGAGCCCGAAAAACCACUGAGCCAAGUGGCGCAGCAUGUGGCGAAUCUAGCUCGUUUUCUGACUUCGCCAGCUGCGAAGGGUGCAGAUACAGAGUACAUUGAACAAAGCGAUAUGCUUCACAUCCCUCGUAUCGUGACACCCGCGCAACUCAACGAAACGGUAUCACGCAAAGCCAGCUCUCAGCAGCGCGCAGUGCAGAAGUUUGAGUGCCAAAUCCCCUUGCAAUUAGACGCUUCUUCGCCUGGACUGAUCAGCGGCUUUCAGUUCCUGGAAAAUGCCACAGCAUACCGACAGCUCAAGCCAGAUGAGAUUGAGAUACAGGUCAAGUGCGCAGGCGUGAACUUCCGCGACGUACUAAUUGCUGUAGGCCAACUGAAGGCCACGCACACUGGCUCCGAGUGCUCGGGGAUUGUCAGUCGAGUGGGCGACGCUGUCUCCAAAUUCCGGGUCGGAGAUGCAGUUGCUGCCCUCGGCGACGGAUGUUUUGCCACCUCGAUCCGGGUUCACGAGGAUGGGCCCGUUGUGAAAAUUCCCCCUGGCAUCUCUUUCCCCGAGGCUGCAGCAAUUCCGGUUAACUACGCCACCGCAUACGUAGCUUUGCACAAUGUUGCGCGCAUCCAGGCCGGCGAAACGGUCUUGAUCCAUUCGGGAACUGGCGGCACCGGACAAGCGGCGAUUCAAAUCGCAAAGAACGCGGGGGCUACCAUCUUUGCAACGGUCGGCUCUCAGAGCAAGAAGCAAUUUCUCAUCGACACUUAUCAGAUUCCAGAGACGCACAUCUUCUCCAGUCGAACCACUUUGUUCGCGCAAGCCAUUCAGCACCGCACGGGCGGCAAAGGGGUGGAUAUCAUCCUAAACUCGCUGGCUGGGAAGAGUCUACUGGCUUCGUGGGAAUGCAUAGCGCCGUAUGGCAGAUUCCUUGAGAUCGGCAAGCGGGACAUACUAUCUAAUCAGAGACUUCCUAUGUCUCAAUUUCUUCGCAAUGUCACCUACAGUGGCGUGGACCUCGCCGCCAUGUCGGUGGAGAGACCCGAAAUUUGUGCCGCUGCUCUUGACAAGAUCUUCGCGUCCGUGCAGCAAGGAAAGCUGCACCCCUCGCAGCCCAUCCGUCAACAUGGAGUGGGGGAGAUCGAGAAAGCUUUCCGAAUCAUGCAGGGCGGACAGCAUGUCGGUAAAAUGGUUUUGGAAAUGCGCCCCGAUGACGAAGUGAUGACGAUUUUGAAUUCCAAGCCAACGUACUCUUUGGAUCCCGACUCUACAUUUGUCAUCUGCGGAGGCUUGGGAGGACUGGGGAGCAACAUUGCCCAUUGGUUGGCGGAUCGAGGUGCACGCCACCUCCUGUUGCUGUCACGCUCCGGAGGACAAAGCGAGAGAGGCCGUGUGCUCGUGGAGCAACUGCAAACACGAGGCGUCCAAGUCCUAGCCCCAGCCUGUGAUGUUUCGGAUGAAGUGCCGCUGCAAAACACCCUCCAGCUAUGCAGGUCUCAGAUGCCUCCAAUCCGGGGAUGUCUCAACGCGGCCAUGGUGUUGCGAGAUGCGUUGUUCGAGAACAUCUCUCAUCAAGCGUGGCACGAGUCCCUCGCCCCCAAAGUGCAAGGGUCAUGGAAUCUUCACCGUCACCUUCCGCAAGGUAUGGACUUCUUCAUCAUGUUGUCCUCCAUUUCAGGGAUCGUCGGGACCACGGGGCAGGCCAAUUACGCGGCGGGCAACGCCUUCCAGGAUGCGCUGGCACGUCAUCGCGUGGCGCUUGGGGAGAAGGCAACUGCGCUGGAUCUGGGAGUGUUCGACUUUGCCGGGGCGGUGGCUGAGGACGCGCAGCUGCGGGAUAUGUUGAUCGCAAGUAUGGGGUUGGAACCAGUGACUGAACCUCAACUCCACGCGCUCUUGGACUAUUACUGUGAUCCUCAGGUCAGUCUAGACAAGGCCUCAGACUGCCAAGUCACCGUGGGACUGUCUCCCAAGGCGACGCAGGCGAUGUGGCUGAAGAAGCCAAUGUUCGGGCAUCUCACCGUCCACGAACGAACGGAUGGCAGUGCGGGCGCAAGCGACUCGAUCGCGAGCGCGUUGCAACGGGCGGAGUCGCUGGCCAGCGCUCAUGCAGUGGCCAGGGAAGCUAUCGCGGAGAAGCUAUCGAAAGCGCUGUCGAUUGCGGCGACGGACAUUGAUGCGAGCAAGCCGUUACAUCAGUAUGGGGUGGACUCGCUGGUGGCGGUCGAGCUGCGGAGCUGGUUUGCGAAGGAGUUGCAAUCGGAGAUGGCGGUAUUCGACAUCUUGGGUGGGGCCACGUUGACCUCGGUGGCCCAGAUGGCUACUAGUAAGAGCAAGUUAUAUCAGGACUCGUGGUCGUAG